GUCGAGACGGGUUGGCAAACCGGCGGCAGUGGCGAUUCCCGGCCAGGCUUGGGGGACUCUGCAACGGCGAGGCAGCCUUCCCCGCUACAGAUAACUGAAGGAAAAGUGACCCUGAGAGAGUUGCUUAAAUUCUACAAUCAAGAAGGAUCAACUUGCUUAAGCUUUCUAAUGAAGGAUGGCUACCCCGUAUGUUCCUGUUCCAAUUCCUAUAGGAAGUUCUUCUAGUUUUACCACAAAUAGAAACCAAAGACGAUCAUCUCUUGGGAGCAUUUCAACAUGUUCAGAUUCUUCAAAGGGGCAGCUGGAGGACUCUUCGAACAAUAGUUUUAAAAAGAUGAGCGUCCCCGAUGAGAUUGGUGCUACGUCAUCUCCUUGUAAUAGUCCACAUGUUAGGACUAAAUUUAUAGGUAUAAACACAUCUAUGGAAUACUGCAGUCAACCAUCAGAGGAUACUGAGCAAAACACAGACACUGGAAGUUGGGAAGAUCGGCCUGCUACGCCUACAAUAUUAGGCUAUGAGGUGAUGGAAGAGAGGGCAAAAUUCACUGUUUACAAAGUCCUUGUUAAAAGAAAUCCAGAGGAAAACUGGGUAGUUUUCAGAAGGUAUACAGACUUUUCCAGGCUGAAUGACAAGCUGAAGGAGAUGUUUCCUGGUUUUCGAUUGGCACUUCCACCAAAGCGCUGGUUCAAGGAUAAUUACAAUCCUGACUUCCUGGAAGACAGACAGAUGGGACUCCAAGCAUUCCUACAGAAUUUAGUAGCUCACAAAGAUAUUGCUAACUGCCUUGCAGUGAGAGAGUUUCUUUGUCUGGAUGAUCCUCCAGGGCCGUUCGAUAGUCUUGAAGAGAGCAGGGCUUUCUGUGAGACUCUGGAGGAAACAAACUACCGUCUGCAAAAGGAGCUCGCUGAAAAACAAAAAGAGGUGGAAGCUCUGAAAAAAUUAUUACAUGAAAAAGAAGGGCACAUCAAUGCUAUGGAGAAAAGGAUUGGGGAUUUCAAUUUAGGGGACACGACAUCCCGUAAAUUGUCAAGACAGGAGAGUGAGGGCAGUGGAGAAGUGAAGUCCUCUGCAAUAGAGGCAGAUCAAGAAGCGCCGGAAGAAGACAGUCGUUCUGAAAAGGAGAAUCAGAAAUCAUCUUGGACUGGUCCAUUUGCUGAAAACUCUGUGCCAGAAAUUGAAGUUGCAGAGGUAGCAUAUACUGCUGUUGAAGGAAUAUAAACACUGCCAGCUGCCUUUUACGUUGGCUUAAAACAAACAGACAAAAUCACCAUGUCCGAAACACAUUGAACAAAAGCAUAUAGCUGCUGUAAAGCAGGAGGUGAAAAGGCGCAAACGUGAAUGUUUACAUAAACGAAUCUGGAUAAAGCUUUGGCAUAGGAAGGAUAAUCAAUGCUGCUUCAAUUUGGCUGUUAUCUAGCUGAAAGAGAGAGGUAUAUAUAUAUAUAUAUUAAUAUAUAAAAAUCUCUGGUUAAGGCCAGGUCACAUUAUGCCUAGAAUCUUUGUAUAUAAAUCAUAAUUUACAAAAAUGUAAAGGCUAAAUGUCACAUUUGUUUAUCGCCUGGCAUGCUAUAUAUCACGUAUUUGCUACUAAUACACAACACAUUUUGUAUGGGCUGCUUUUUGGUAUCUAGUUUUUCAGAUUCUUUAUAUAGGCAUAUAAUUAUGCUCUGGGAAAAUAUACUCCGCCAUCUGGGCUUAGAAACAGUAUGCAAUCCGUUGUGGUUUUUUUAAGUGAUAAAUGUAAAUAACUGAUAUGUACGUUUUAAUGCAAUAAACUAGGAAAGCUUGCAGUACCAAAAUAAUAUUUCAGAAAUGGAAGUAUUUCAGAAAUGACUGAGAGGUUUUUAUAUGGCGGGGGGGAAACUUAAGGUGCAAUCCUACGCAUGUUUAGACAGGAAAAAAAUUCCUACAACUUUUUUUCUGUCUAAACUUGCACAGGAUUGCACCUUUGGUGACGUAAGCUGUAGAACCCACUCACACUGUGGAUGUUCACGUUCACUUGAAAAUAAUGCAAAAGCUGAUUCAAUGUGUAACUGGUUUUUUUCUUUAAAUCCUGUGACACCUUUGCCACACAACAACUCUGCCUUAUAUAAAGAACACUACCUCUUACUUUGUUGCUAAUUCAUAAAUGUGCUGUUCAAACUAUGUAUGUUGCGUACAGAAAGUUAAGAGGUCUUUCAAGCCAUACUCCUGCUGCGGUUAAUUAAUGUUAACUUUAGUUGCAGUUUGCAUCUGUGUGUGAUUUUUAGGAUACUGAGCACACCAAUGUGCUACAAUGUGUUCCGUAGCUUAUUAUAUUAAGCCCAAUGAUGCACUUUAUUACAAUAUAAUUAAAAAAAAACCUUCUUGUGCCAAGUUCCUUGGCUUAUUCUUCUUUUUAGUUGGACCUUUGGGUGAGGGCAGGUGAGAAUGGUUUGCCCAAUAGUGCCUUUUUGUAUUUUGCUUGUUACAGAUGUUUGCUAUAAUAGUGUGGGUCAGCUUUAUAGAAUCUUCAAAAACAUUCUGCUCAGCAGUUGUUUGCUGAAAGUGCCUUUUGUCUGCUCUUCCAGUGGGAAGAAUACAGCUUUUGUUCUUCUCUGUGCCACCUACUUCUUUGUUUUAAUGUUGGUGACACACAAUCUCCACGUGCUUGCAGUUUUCAAUGCUCACUUUGUAUUUUGGGGUGUGAGGACAAAGAUCUCUGUAGAACUGUAUGAUGCCAUCUGGGGCAAAUAAACCUUUGGCCACGA